GUCAGUGGGAUAUUUAAACCAAACCAGAGUGGUUAGUGGUGUGACGUUAGAGUCUCUGAGGGCAUAACAUGGCUCACUCUGUCAUAUUUAUUUUUAUGCUUCUGUCUGCUGCGGUUUCAGCGAGACACUUUUUCAGUGAGAGACCAUCUUGUUACCAGCCAGUGCCCAGGAACAGCAAUUUUGGAGUAAAAACUGCACCUCGUCCUCAUGAAUCUGUGAACCUCGCUGAGCUGCCAAAGUCCUGGGACUGGAGGAGCGUCGACGGCAUCAACUAUGCCAGUACAACUCGUAACCAGCACAUCCCUCAGUACUGCGGCUCCUGCUGGGCUCAUGGCAGCACCAGUGCAAUGGCAGAUCGCAUCAACAUAAAGCGGAAAGGAGCAUGGCCAUCUGCUUACAUUUCUGUCCAACACGUGGUCGACUGUGCUGAGUCCGGCACCUGUCAUGGAGGAGACCACGGAGGAGUGUGGGAGUACGCUCACAAACAUGGCAUCCCCGACGAGACCUGCAACAACUACCAGGCCAUCGACCAGAAAUGCAAACCGUUCAAUUCAUGUGGAACUUGUUCAACUUUCGGGACGUGCAACAUUGUGCAGAACUACACUUUGUGGAAAGUGGGUGACUUUGGAGCCAUUAGUGGACGGGAUGAUAUGAUGGCAGAAAUCUACACUGGCGGGCCAAUCAGCUGUGGAAUCAUGGCCACGGAGAAACUAGACGCCUACAGCGGGGGCCUGUACUCGGAGUACACCGACAGUCCUGACAUCAACCACAUUGUGUCGGUCGCUGGCUGGGGAGUAGAAAAUGGCACUGAAUACUGGAUUGUGCGUAACUCGUGGGGAGAGCCGUGGGGUGAGAAGGGCUGGCUCAGGAUUGUAACAAGCGCCUACAAAGGAGGAAGUGGAAGCAAGUACAAUCUGGCUCUGGAGGAAGACUGCAUGUAUGGAGAUGUGAUCGUACCUGCAACCUAUCAAUAGAGGUCAAGGCUUUGUCUUUGGGCCUCCUGGUAGUAAUGACUCUGCUCAACCCUCAUGUUGGACUAGUGGCCAGAUUUGCUCCAUCAAACUGAUUUGUCAUGCUCAAACUGCUCAAAACAGAAAAAUAAACUGCUUUUGAUCAACUGCA